CUCGGCAGUGGAUAAGUCUGGUCGUUACGUUUCUGCUUCACUCUUCCCCCCAAAUGAAACCGUAAUCACAGAGAGAGAGAGAGAGAGAGAGAGAGAGAGAGAUGGCGUCGAGUACAGUAAUCUGCCCUUCAACAACACCUUCAUCAUCAACCUCUCACUCAAAGAACUACUACUCUGCGUGUAUCCUCAGAAGCCAUGUGAGGACCUUAUCUUUUUCUUCUGCUAGAAUAUUCACAAACAGGGCAUCAAGAACGACGAUGCCCGGAAGCAAGAGCUAUAGAAGUGGAUUUACGAAAUGCUUGUCGGCUUCUUCUCCUCCUCCUCCUUCCCUUAGUCUUCCUUCUGCUCUCCUAUUCGACUGCGAUGGCGUGCUCGUGGAUACGGAGAAGGACGGCCAUCGGAUUUCAUUCAACGACACUUUUGCUGAGAAGGAAUUGGGUGUUACCUGGGAUGUGGAUUUGUACGGGGAGUUGCUGAAAAUUGGGGGAGGAAAAGAAAGGAUGACAGCCUACUUUAACAAGACUGGUUGGCCAGAGAAAGCUCCGAAGGGCGAAGAGGAAAGAAAGCAAUUUAUCGCUUCCCUUCACAAGCGAAAGACGGAGUUGUUCAUGGCCCUUAUUGAGAAAAAGCUGUUGCCUCUCCGACCAGGUGUUGCCAAGUUGAUCGACCAGGCUUUGGCAAAAGGAGUUAAAGUUGCUGUGUGCAGCACCUCCAAUGAGAAGGCGGUCUCUGCAAUAGUUUCGUGCUUACUUGGGCCUGACCGAGCAGAAAAGAUCACGAUAUUUGCAGGAGACGUGGUUCCUCGCAAAAAGCCUGAUCCGGCAAUUUAUGUACUGGCAGCUACCACCCUGGGUGUUGAACCCUCAAGUUGUGUAGUGGUAGAAGACAGUGCCAUUGGUCUUGCAGCAGCCAAAGCUGCUGGAAUGAAAUGUAUUGUCACAAAGAGUGGGUACACCGCUGAGGAGGAUUUUGUAAAUGCAGAUGCAGUUUUUGAUUGUAUCGGAGAUCCUCCCGAGGAACGGUUUGACCUGGCAUUUUGUGGAAGCCUUCUUGAGAAGCAGUACGUUAGCUAGCCAUCAUCUGGAAGGACAUCCUCCCAGAAGCAUAUUCGAUGUAGUUUUCAAUUGUUUUCCCUCCUAAUAUGCAUGUUAAAAGCAUUUCAAAUGCUUCUUGGAAUACCAUAUAAUCUGUUUCCGAUGGAUACAAAAUUUGCUGACAUUUUUUUCUGUCUUAGCCCUAGAGAUGCCAUGGAUUGUGGCUUCUCAGUUGUGGUUAGAGGCCUCUUGGAACCCCAUCAAUGUAGAUAAUUUUUACAUGUUGUCCAUACGGAUACGCGGUUAGAUGCAUAUGCAUCUUGGUACUGUUGAAUAUAACUCUCUCCACUCUUAAUUUUCUGCAAUAACAACAUUACGUAAGUCGAAUUUGUUUA